AUGCGGUGUGGCAUAUUUGUAUGCAAUUUGGACAACCAGUCCAAGAAAAACCCUUUAAAUAAAGACAAAUUUCAUCGAUUCCCGAAAAACUUUGAUUUUUGCAAACAGUGGUUAAAUGCCAUAAAAAGAACCGCUUCUGUUUCCUCUAAACAUUUUCUGGACAGUGACUAUAACUAUAACACCAACUCUUAAACUACAGUCCUAAAUGUUAUCAAGGACUGAAAGAAUCUAUUAUCCAUAUUAUACCUAAAACUUUCUUUAAUAUUAAGUUUAAUAAAAACGCACUAUGUCCAGAUAUUUCUCUAUUUUCUUUGA